GCCAUCGCGGGUAGAAAAUGCUACAAAACUCCUCCAAAUGCCAAAAAACCCCAAACCCCUUGGCUCCAAUUUACCGCUUUCUCUCCCUCUCCUGAAUGUGAAUAAUCAUCAUCAUGGCUGACGGUUUCGAAUCUCAUGCUGUUUUUGCUUCCAAAGAAACCCUUUCUUUCACUGAGAAGGCCAACUCUGUAAAGAUGACAGGCAUUUCUGAGAAGCUCAAUGUGGAUACUCAAGAAUUUGAAGUCAAAGACAAUACCCAUGUGCCGCCCAAAGAUACAACAGAUGAUGGGUCUGUUAGGUGUUCUCUAAAGAUUGAAGUAAUUGAUGAUACAGCAAUGAUUGAUAUCUCUCAAGGUGGAAAAAGUCGCACAGUUGAUAAAAGAUACAAAUCAAGAACAAAUAAGAAGAAAAAGAAUGCAAACCAUCAAGUAGAAAAAGAGAAUGGAGAGAAAAUGGUGGCAAGAAAAGCAAAAGAAAAAAAUGUGCUCAUUUCUGAUGGCUGUAAAAGGAAAGGAGGAGAAGAGAAAAUGGUUUAUCGUAGAAAGGAGUUGGAAAAUUUGAGGUUUGUUGGAAUCGAAGAACAGAGGAAAAAGUGGGUUGAGGUGUACUGUGGGCUUGAUGAUACUGUGAAAAAGGAGUACGAUGGCCUCCUUCAGUCUAAUACUCAAAAGCACAUUCGUGGACACCUUGGAAAAGAAAAUACCCCUGUGAUUUCUGGUAAUGACCAUUCAGGGCACUUGGAUGUUCAAGAAGGGAGUAUAGACACUAGAAAUUCUCCUUCGGCGUUUCCUCUCAGUAGGGAUGAUGGCAUCUCUUAUGAGGGAGAAAGCAAUGCUUAUGAAGAAAGUGAUGAUAGCAAUGAUGAUUAUAGCAGCAUCCAAAGACCUGCCUUUAUACUUACAGGCGAGCCUGACUUUGAUUCUGGUCCUCCUGAAGAUGGGCUUGAGUAUCUUAGGCGUGUCAGGUACCACUUUUCUAUUCGUGUCUAAAAGGGUUGCUCUUAAACUAUCCAUGUUAUUAUGGAUGCUACAAAAAUAAAAUAAAGGCUUUAUAGUAGUUCUGGGAUGAUAACUUGUGCUUGAAGCCUCUACCCUUCUCAUAAAAAAAUGUAGAGGAAUAACUUGGUAUAGCAUUAAAUAACAUGGUAAUCCAUCCUACUCAAACCUCUCCAAGAUACUUCCAACCCUCUAUAAGGAUACUGUUUGGAGACUUUUCUAAUGCUCAUUUUUUUCAUGGCAUCCUUUACAUUUGACGGCCUAAUUCUAAGAGUGUAGCUAAAGGGUGAUGUAUGGAGAUUUGUAAUUCUCAUUGUUCGAGUUGAAUAAUUGACAAAAAUAGCCUAAUCAAUUUCUCCUUGAUCUCAUUAUCUCCUGUCAACACUAGUUGAGCAUCGUCCUUGAUACACUUCAGCCGGUUUAAAUCCUUACUCCUUUUCUCUCUUAAUCUUACUAUUUUAAACAUUUCUUUCUCCCUUUCUCAUGUCCCUAGUUUUGGUACAAGCCAUUUAGGGCUUCCUCUCGAGCUUUACUAAUAGUUUUUGCAGCUUCGCUCUUAGCUCUCUUAUAUUGCUGUUACUUUGUUAUUUUAUGGUAUUUAUGUUAUGUUA